GUCAGUUGUCAAUUUCCUGUUCCAAAUAAAAAUAUUUGUACUUAUUUUUAUUGAAUUUUAUAACAAAACAAACAACAAUGAAUCGUUCUUGGAAUAAAAAUUCAUCGCUAGGGUUUGUAUACUUUAAUGCAGACUCUCCGAAAUCAACUGGAGAUACUGAAGACUUCAUAUCAUUUCAAGAAUCUCCCAGCUCAAAUUAUGCAAGCAACUAUAAUAAUGGCCAUUCUUCACCUAGCUAUGGAAGCCCCAAGUUCCAUAGUAGCCCUAGAAAGUUCAAUAAUAAAAAUGCAUAUCGAUAUGCAGGAGGAAAUAGAGGCAACAGAUCUUUCCACAGUACGAAUAACAGUUUGAAUAAUUCUUGGAGCCACCAAAAAAGUCCAAAAUUUUACAAUCACAGACAGAACUCUAAUAACAGUCUGAUGAUGAGCAGGGAUGGCACAAGGGACAUGUCAAUGUUUUAUGACCACACAAGUACACAAAAUCCUUGGGAACACUUGGAAAAAGAAUUAGAAGUGGCAAAAUCAAAAGAAGUAAAAGAUAUUGAAGAAAAACCAUCAGUUAAUAAGCCAGAAAGUAAAAAAGUGGAGGAAAAGGAAGAAGAAGAAGAGAGCUCAUCUAGUGAUUCUGAAGAAGGUGAAAGUGGUUCUAGCAGCAGCAGUAGUUGUAGUGGUAGUAAUACUAAUAAUGAAAAGGAAGAGACACCCUAGUUAGAUUUUAAUUAAAUCUAAAAUUAUAAUUAAGUUUAGAGUGGUGAAAAGUUAAAUGUGCCACUAUUUGGAUCUCAUACACCAUAAUAGAUUGUUUAAAUGAACAAAAUUAGCAUAUUUCCAACACUAAAUUAGUAUUGGAUACACAACUUAUUUUUCAUUUAAACAACCUCAUAUUUUUUAUGAUUUAAGAGAUCUCAAUAGGGUACAUUUCAAUUUUCACUGAAUACUCACAAAAAAAUCAGCAAUUAUAAAGAAUUUGGUAAAAUGAUUUAUCUUGAAGCAAUUUUGAUAAACUUAAACUUUCAUCAAAAUCAAUUGUAUUUCCACUUUCUUUACUUUUCUCAACAAUUGCAUGCAUGUGUUCAUACAAUUUAAUAUUAUAUUAGGAAAAUUGUUCUUAUAGUAUUUUUAAGUGAUCUGUUAAAAUAACUACCUCACUAUUAGAAAUUGUAUAGACGAGAAAAUUAAAAUAGGAAUAAAGUAUUUUCAAAAAUAAAAAAAUAUAUAAAGAGCAAAAAAAUAUAUUUCAUGAUUAUAAGAAUACAAUAAUAGUCCAUACCAGUUAUUGGGAUUUACUUUUUCAAAUAAAAGUAGUAAAAGAAAAAUUGCCAUAAAAAUCAUUUCACAUGUUUAAUAAGUUCAUUAAGUUAACAAGUUCAUUAAUAACUCUUCUAAAAGUACCUGAAAUGUAUGCAGAUUACUUAGUAAUGCUCUUUAUUAUUUCGUGUAGUUUUCGGUGUUUCUAAAGUAGGCCUUGAGAAAAAUUCAUGUGUGUUGGACAGUACAAUCAGGGCCGUAGCCAGUCCCGUUUUCUUGAUUAUUUGAAAAUUCUACGUGCAUUAUAUUAAUGAGUCAGUGAUACUAAUCAUUGUUUUAUAAUUCUUUAAGCAUUUGCACAACGAUUGAGACUAUUUUCAUUAUGGCUUCACUGCUUUGUAGAAUUUUGUCUAUUGGGUUUAAAACCUCAAGUUUAGUUUUAAAUAAAACAAUAAAAAUUCUAAAGGCCAGCUUUUUGAUGGUUUUUAAUAACUUUUCGACCAUUAACUGAUAUUUUUUAUAGCCUCAAAGGCUUUAAUAAUUUUUUAGUAAUUGUUGGAAAAGAUGUAAUAGAGGCUGUUCUUAGUAAAAAGAGUUAGGGGGCGUCCAUUAAUUACGUGAGGUGUUCAAGGGGGGAGGGGAUCAAGCUAAAUCUUUCUAAAUCUCACUUGGGGGAGAGGGGGGUCUUUGUAAAUCUGACGUAUUUUUUUUCUAGUAGAAAACGGUGUAAAAUUGCGUGAAAAUUAAAUUAAAGUAAAGAAUGUUUCUAGAAAUUUUUAGUCUUAAAUAAAAGUAAUAAAACAUUGUGUUUGUUUUUUUAAUAAUCCAACGCAUUUACACCCAAAACACAAAUUUUGAAAAAUCUCACGAGAGAUUAGGGGAGGGGGGAGGGAGUUGAGGAAAAUCUUACGAAAUCUCACCAGGGGGGGAGAGGGGGUCAAAAAAUCCUCAAAAAUACCUCACGUAAUUAAUGGACGCCCCCUUAAGAGUACCACGUUUUAGAAAAUUAUGAAGCAAUUUACACUGGUUACAGUCUAUGGUUCACCCAAUGGAUAUAUGGGCCCCAAAAUCAAUAAUUUUAAGUUGAAUUUUAUAUAUUUAACGAAUAAAGUUGUUAUGUUAGUUCGAAGCUUGGAACAAAGUUUUAUGUUCUAACGUAAUCCUUGAUAAAUUAAUUUGUUUAAAAUUUCAAAUAAAAGUUAUAUGGAUUUCAGUUUUACAAUGGUCUUGUCAUACCAGUAUUCAACGGUAAAAUAUUUUUGAAAAAUAUUACAAUGAAUUUUUUUGUGAAAUAAAAGAAUGAUGCAAACCCCCAAAUUAAAAUUAUCAUGAUUUUGGUAUAUUAGCUAUGAUUUCAAAAAUUGUUUAAAAUACAGACUUAUAAAAAAGAUACAAACCUAACGAAUAGUGAUGAUAAAACUGUUUUAUUUUAUACAGAGUGUUUUAAAACAUGUAAUAAAUAUGAUUAAUUUUAAUUUCAAUUUACUCAAGUUUUUGAAAUGCAAUACCCUAUAUGUUAUUUUAGAUGUAUUUACCUAUCAAUGAUACUAACAUGUUAGUCUAUUAUACAUAUACAGGGUGUGCCGUCAAUGCGAACAUGAUCGAUAGCUGUUUUAUUAUUUGAGAUACGAAGAAUUUUUAAUACAAAAAUUCUAGUAAGAUAUUUUACAAUUAUUCUUAAAUCUACAGGGUAGCCCAAAAAUGAAGGGGCGAACCAAACUUAUACUUUUUUAGACCAAACAAUCUGAACAACAGAUUUGAUUGCUUUCACAUAGAUAAACAAUUUUAAUAAACUUAAAAUUCCUCCUGCUUUCUCAAUUUUUAAAUAAAUUUCUAUUUUUUAUUUUGUUUAGCAUUCAAAAUACCUGAAGAUGUUGAUGGUUUUAUUAUAAUAAUAAACAUUAAAAAUCUUGGUCAGUUACAAAAUUACAAAUAGGUAGGUCUAAUUGUUCUUCAUGAUUCUUCAAAUAAAACAAUCCUAUUUCCAACUUAAAUCCUCUGAAAAUAUAAAUGUUUUUUGUACUUAUUAUCAUCAUCGCUGCCCAAGUCUAAAUUGCAGCCCAUGAGAGCGUUAUCUUUGGCCACAACAAUCUUCAAAGCAAAGUCUCCGAAACGAGAAAACACACCUCUGCUCGAAGUAUAGACGAUUUCGUUUUGAACACCGACAGAUUUAGAGAAAGGGAACACUUUGACCAGAAGAAAGAACGUUUGUUGAGGCUGCGGCGACAAGAAGAGUUGAUCAGGAGAGGCCGACGAGAGUCAAAGAACUCGAAAAAACGCUGGAUUCAAAGCACAAGAAAUAAAAAAUGUAAAGAAAUGGUGAUUAAGCCAUCUAUGAAACUGACACAGCCAAUUUCUCUAAAAUUGUUGAAUAAGACAAUAGGUCUGACAACAAAGAAAAUACACAUUGAAUGUAAAAGUAAAAACUAUUAAAAUAAAUAUUAUUAACCAUAUUAAAUAUAGAUAUUAUUGCGACGGAAAAUUAAGAUUGAUAAUUCAUAUUUAUAUUUAUAUUCAUAAUUAUUAAAAUGUGUUGAAAAUUCUAGUUUUUAUACCAUAAUCUAAAAAAGUAUUCAUAAUUUUCCUACACAUAAAUAUUAAGCAGUUUUACAUAUUUUUUAAACUUCCAAAAAUCUAUAUUUUAUGUAUUGACUUUUUUAUUGUAAGUAGGGGAGGUUGGGGCAAAGAGGCCACCUUAAUAAAAAAGUGGAAAAAUAAGAUAAUUAUGAUUCUUAAAAGUUCAUAUAAUACAAAUACAUUUUUAUAUCUCUUAUCUCUCAUAUUAUAUCAUACUGUUUAAACUUAAAGAAAUCAUAAAAAAUGUAGAAGCGUUUUUAUAGUAAAAUGUAAAAAAAAACUGCUUUGCCCCAUAUGUGGGGUAAAGUGAUUCCAUUUGUGGGGCAAAGUGGAAAUAUUUUAAACAUAUUAAAAUCGUGGAUUUAAAACACGUAUUAUGCUAAAGUCAACCUUUAUUAUUACACAGAAUUAAAUAUGAAGUUAUUCUUAAACUUAAAAAUUAAAAAACGAACAAAUUUUAAAUAAGGAAAAAUAAACCAUUUUUUGAAGAGGAAAAUUACAAAACUUGAAUUUUCCCAUACCUCAAAAUCUUAACCGUAAGUCUUCCUAAAAUUUCAGAGUCUAGAACUUCACUAAGAUCUUCUAUAUCAGGAAAAACAUAGAUGUCCAUUGUUUGUCUAUAUUGCCUCAGAAAGGAUACACAAAUGGUAUAUUGUGCAGUAUCAACAUUUUUAUCUAUAGCAGUUAUUUUAGCUACAAAUUUUUUUUUCGUUUGUUUUUCUGAUGUUAGCUCUACAAAUAUGAAAUCACCUGCAUUGAGUUGUUUACAAUCAAUUUUGUCAAUCGAAUAUCCCGAUGGUUCUGGAUAAAAUUGAAAUUCACUUCCUGAGUCAUCGGUGUCAUUUAGCUCAACUGUGGUCGAACUAUCUGAUGAAGAUUCGUCCAAUUUUCUUUUUUCAGUUUUUGCCAUCAGAUUCUUUUUAACUGCUUUCUUUUUCGUUUUCGGAGUUUUUUGUUUUUCUGAAAUUGCAAUUUUAAGCUCUUCAUAGUUUGGAGUUGACGUUAAGACCAUUGUUUUGCCCUUCUUAACUUUUCUCUUCACUUGUUUUUUCUCCUUCGAAAUAGGUAGAGGAAAUAUAUCACUUGGCGAAUAAUAGAGCUUCUCAAAAUUUUCUUUUUCGAUUAUUUCUCGCGAUUCUUUAAAAGCUUUUGGGGGUGGUGUCCUGGUUGUGGGGAUUUACUAUUUUCAACUGUUCGCGCAUUAUCAACUACUUCAUGUAGGGGAGUGGUUGGCCAUUCUUGAUCAAUAGGUUUAUCUGUUGCUUCUGCUGGUUUAAACAAAUCUUCCGAAAAUAUAUCUGGAUUGUACGGAACAAUUCCAGUUGCUUUAAACCCAUUGACAGCAAUUUGAGUAGUUGCCGCUCGUUGAAAUACGGUUCCAAAAAGUUCUCCAACUUGAUAGAUAGUAACAACCUUUCCGGGGUUAUUAAGCAACCAUUUUCUAGUUUCUUGUUCAUAAUAUGAGUUUAGAGGGUACAUAAAAGAAACAUCAAGUGGUUGUAACCGGUGUGAAGUAUGCGGUGGUAUUACAAUUAUAUGCACAUGGUUAGCUCUAGCACUCUCAACUAGUUGCAAGUUUUUCGUAUGUGUAGAGUGCCCGUCUAAUAUUAACAACACUGGAUCAUCCUCUGAUGGUUUAGUGUAUUUUAAAAAGUGCUGGAACCAAAUAUCUGAAAAUAUCUCACUCUGCAUCCACCCAGAUUGAUGAUAUGCCACUACAGACUCUGGAGGUAACCCCUGCUCCAGUGGAGGAUAUUUUCGAACUCUAGGAAAUAUAACUAAAGGAGGAAUGUAAAAUCCAACUGCAUUAUAGCAAAUCUCCGCUGUAGUUAAGGUCCCACGUUCAGCUGACGAAAGACUGCCAACUUGCUUUUUUCCUUUUAAAGACAAUAUUUUUGAGGGUUUGUUUGGCACCGUAGAAAUACCCGUUUCGUCACAAUUGAAGAUUCUACUAGGAGAAAAUUCAUAUUUUUCGAGCAUUUGUUUCAAUAAAUUAUAAAAUGAAGACACAUUAUGUUUAUUAAAGGCGGACGCUCUUGCUUGUGAUGUGUAUUCUGGAAGCCUCAAUGAAAUAUUUGUUUGUCUUGUUAAACAUCCGUAGACCCAAUCACGUCCAGCUAAACCCUUGUUGGUAUUAAAAUUAUGUGGAAUACGAUUUUUAUCGGCAUAUUCAAAAGCAAGUCGCCGUAAUUCCGUAAUAGUUAGGCUAAAAAGUCUACUUUCCAUAUCAAUUAUAAAAUUGGCCAAUUCUUGUUCUUGUUGGCUAGAAAAAGUAGUUACAAACCUUUCUAACUUCUUUUUAGAAGCAUUUUGAGGAUCUUUUUCAGACUUAACACGUCUUCUUAAAGUCGUGAGAGGAAGUUGAUACUGUAUAGCUGCCUUUUUCGCACUAAUUAAACCAUGUCUAACAUCAUGUAUGGCUGCUGCCAUAUUGUCUUCUGACCAAGAAUGUUGUUUGGUCUUACGCUUAUAAUUUCGUACCAUUAUUUUUCUGAAAAAGAAAAAGUAUAUUUUUAGAUUCAUUUAUUUUUUCCAAUUUAAUUUCAUGUAUAUUGUCAGCUCUAACAUAUGUGGGGCAAAGUGGCCCACUGUCCACUUUGCCCCACAACAAAAAACCACUUUGCCCCUAGAUGCAUCAACAAGUAUGAAAAUUAAAAAAAAAUAGACAUAUAUUUUAUAAUAUCUACCUUGACUAUAAUUCGUAAAACACAUAAUACUAUAUGAUAAAAAUAUAACACCAAACAAAUUGUUAAUAGUUAAAAGCAGAUCGGCUAUUUACUUACCUAUAAAUGUUGUAAAAUAGACGGCAAAAACUUUUCAGACACACUAACGACUUACAUGUGCACUGCUCUGAGAUUCAAUACAGACUGAUUAGUUCAGCUAACGACAGGGAACUAAUAUGUGUACUUGUGCUUACAGUGCUCAUGCGCUUGUUAGGAUAAUGGAAAAUACCACUUUGCCCCGAGUGGCCGCUUUGCCCCAACCUCCCCUAUAUAUGCUUUUUGAUAUGUGAAAAAUAAAAACAUCUUGAUAAUUACAGACAGGGACGUACUUAUAACUUCUUAAGGGUCUGGGGUCAACCCUAGAAACAUUUGAGUUCGAAUUCACAGUUUUAGCGCUCCCAAAACACUUAUUUUUGGUAUUGUAAUUUGCGUUAGCGGGAUUUACGGCCUUUUUAAAGGUAGGCAUUCAGCUAAUAUUCGCAUUGUUGCUUAGCCCAAGGGAGGUGUCCGGAUGCCUUAUGUAUGUCGGUGGUUACAGGGAAAAGUCGAGGAUUGAAUUAAUUACGUAUCAAACGGCCAACUUUAGGACAAGCAAAAGCAAAUGACUAAAAUUUUUGUUAACCCAUUUUUCGGAAAUAAUUCACAAUAUAAACCAUUGGUAUAAGGAAUUACCAAAAAUAAAAGUUAAAGAAGAUAAUGAAUUGGUGGGUAUUCCAUUUAAAAAAUUGAGAAAAUCAUAUCCUCGCGUUUUGACAAACCCUAUAUACAACAUAGCAAAUUAAUGAAGUCUAUUAAUUUUUUUUUGAUAAUUUGAAAACAAAUAUGUGUAACUACCUACAAGGUGUUUUGCUGUAAAAAAAUAUAAGUUUGGUCAGCUGCUUAUUUAUGGAUCACCCUGUAUAUUUAAGAAUUAUUGUUAAUUAUUAUUAACUUUUAUAUUUAAAUUUUUUUCGUAUUUCCAAUAAUAAAACAACUAUCGAUUAAUUACGCACUGAUGGGGGACCCUAUAUAUGUAUAAUUGGUUAACAUGUUGGUAUCGUUGGAUAGUCAUAUUUAUAAGGAAUUUUAUGCUAAAAUUAUAUGCAUUUGAAAUAAUUGAGUAGAUUGAACUUAAAAUUAGCCAUAUUUAAAAUAUGUUUCAAAAUACUCUGUACAAAAUGAACCAAUUCUGUCACCACUGUUCGUUAGCUUGGUAUCUUAAACUGUUUUUUAAACAAUUUUGAAAUCAUUUUUAACCCACCUGAAUUAUAAUAAGUUCAUUUGGGGUCUACAUCAUUCUCUAAUUUCACAAAAAAGUUAAUUGCUUGGCAACCGUGUACUAUUUUUUAAAAACAUUCUAGAGUUGAAUACAAUGUUACCUGACGAUACUAAAACUGAAAUAAAAUACAGGGUGUUCUAUUUAAAAAAAUGUAUAUUUUUAUUUGUCAGGUAAAACGUAUCACCCUGUAUAUCGAAAAAUUGUUAAAAUAUGUCUUUCAGAUUCAUAUAACUUUUAUUUAAAACUUAUUUGAGUGGCAUUUUCGUUUAUAAAUAUUGACAAUGUUUUUUCGGGGGGCUCAGCUUCCCUGGUUAAGGGUCUGCGUACAAUUAUUGUGUUUUAGUUUCAAUUUAGAUUUAUUUAAGAGCCGUGUGUAGUUCUGGACGUAUCUGUCUUUGUUGGUCAUGGCUUACUUUAGAAAUAUUUUUCUUUAUACAAAAUGCCUAAACAAAGGCGUGAUUGCAAUUGAAUGCGAUAUUGUAAAUGUGUAAUAGUAUAUUUUAAAUUACACACGAAUUAGGUCUAAGCAUUUGUUAGAUAUUUACUGUUACACGUUUUUUUAUUUGUUUAUAAUAAAAUUAAAUA